AUGGAUUAUGAUACAGUGUGUAGUAUGAAGGUUGAAGAACUAAAGUCUUAUUUACGUCUUCGUGGCUUGAAAAUAUCUGGAAAGAAAGAAAUUCUUGCAGCUCGAGUCUAUUGUGCAAUGGAAAACAAUGUUACGCCUAUUAAAACAGCUGAAGAGGUGGAGCAUGAUAUACUUACUGAGUACAAAAAAAAACUUUUUAUAAACGGCGUUGAACUACCUGAUCCUUUUAAGCUUAGUAAUGGUUGGUUAUCAGAAGAUGAAGGUCUAACUUGUUGGCCAACAUUGUUAUAUCCUGAUAUUUACAAUUAUUUGUUAUUUAACCCUGCUGAAAUUGCAAGUAAAGACUUAAGUGACUACAAAACGUGUAAAGCUUAUAGUUAUUUUAAAUGUGGCUGGCUUGAACCUUUAUUUUACCAUCAAAUAGGAAUAGAGAGUGAAUAUUGCUAUUUAAAAGGGAACUCACAUUGCACUUGUCUAGCUGGUCUAUCGCAGACAUGUAAUCAUGUUGCUGCAAGCCUCUUUCGAAUAGAGGCUGCUGUUAGAAAUGGUUUGACAAAUGUAGCUUGUACUAGUUCAAAAUCAGAGUGGCUUCCAAAUCGUAGCAUAGUAGCACCAACAAAAAUAUGUGACUUAAAAUUUGAUCGUGAUGAAUUUGGUCAGCGUGGAGAAAAAAAGCGUUCACUAGUAUCAAAUGAAAAGCGUAAUUACAGCCCAUUAGUAAACUGUGAUAUAAAGCUUUUAAAUUUAACAGACAUAGCAAAAGCAAUCGAAACUGUUCCUCCUCAUAGCAUUAUAACUUCUGCUGUACCUAAACCUGAAAUUUAUUAUAUGGAAGAAUUAAUCGUGUUUGAAAAUGUUACCAAACCUACAAUUUUGACCAUGGAUGAUAUUAUUGUUAUAGCGUCUGACUAUGGGUCAAAACACAAAUAA